AGUUAUACUAUACCUAUACUGUACCAUGGAUGUCGAUACAAUGGCCAACUUUUGCUGCAGGAUAUUAGACUCGGAACACUCGGAAAUUCGGGCCUGAGCCACGUUGAGAUCGGUUACGAUAAGCUCGGGGUAAGUCGAGAGAAACCCAUCACCGUGAUGUGCGAUAAUUAUUGGGAACCAUUGGCCGAGAUUUACAUCUGGAAUAAGAAAUCCGCCGAUCCGGACGCAUACAUUUAUUGCCUGUGUAGUAGAUUAUAUAUACGGUAUCCGGAAAUUUAUACAGUCUUACCUUCCGAAGAUGUUAAUGAAGGAGAAGAUAUUAAUGGAGAUUAUGUCGAAGAGACUCAGGAUCUUCACAAGGCAUCUGCUAUAGAGACGCAGUCUAUAGAGAAGCACGAUGAAGAACCAGUAAGCUGUUAUUGCAGCGCAUCUCACACAGAUAACAAUUACUCUACAGACGAGCAUGACUCCGUGCGCGACUCGGCUCACUGGCCCACCGCGCACUCCCUCACUCAGAAACUGGGCCUGCAUCAGUCAGACUCUGGUGCAGAUUUGUCCGAAUAUUACGAUCAACACGAAGCAAAGAGCAUACAAAAUCUCGUAGCGUCAUACGGGAAAACCUUCCAAGCUGCGGAAACUCGAGCCGAGAACGAAUAUGAAAACGUAGAUGUAUUAACCGAAUAUAAUCAAGCUUCAGGUGACGAAGAAUCAAUACCAGAAGGUUUAACAAAUAGCAUCACUUUCUCGAACAGAGAAGCGCUCGGUAACAGUAAAGAUCUCGUUUCGCAGUACGAUUGUGAUCCGUACAAUUAUCCGUAUUCCGUAUAUUACGAAAGCAACAAGAGUGCAAUGGAUAUUGCGUGGGAAAAGUUUUGGGCCAAAAACGGAGAGAAAUUAAUCUGGGCAUCUUGGAUAGAAAAAUACGCGGAUUAUAUCAAUCCUGAUUAUUUCCAGAAUGAUGCACGCACGGCGAAAGACGAAAAAUCACAGGACGCAGAGAUUAAUGAAGUAGCGACAGAAAAAUAUUUUGAGCGAAAUACGCGUUUCGCGAGUGAAACGUGCGAGAACUUGCGUUGCGAACUUGUACAUUCUAACUUUGCAGGAUUUUUCGAUCAAAGUAACUCGAUGGCGAACGAUGGCGAGCUUAAGCCAGCGCCGAUAUCUUCCUUGAACACUAACUUCUCGUUUGAAGACACGAACAGACAAGAGAUCAAUGACAAAGAAGCGGACGAAAAUAGGAAGAAGAUCGUCAAUCUUGAGAUAUCACCGGAAGAUGGUAACGGCUGGAAUCCCUUGAGCCCGUUUAGUACGGAAGAAAAUUACGAGCAACCGUCGAAUGCGGAAGACGAGAGGCUACUAACGAGAUGCGACUCGAUUAAUGGCUCCGUAGCGAAAACCAAUGCAACUUCCGAUUCCAUGACAAAUGUGACGAAAAUGACGCUGACCAGCUCCAGUUGCGAUUCGAAUUCCGUUCAUUCGUCUAAUCUUAUGACUUCUGUCACGAGCUCGAUCGAAAGUAGCAUAACUAGCAGCAGUUCCGAUCAAGAGAAUGAAUUUCUAAUGGAGGACAACGAUAAAUAUUGGCAGCAUUUGUGGAGAGAAAACUUUCAGAUGCAAUAUCAAAAGCACUACGAAUUGUUCGUAGCGAAUUAUAAAAGGGAGAACAAUAUGGAUUACGAACAUUCGUAUUUGAGCUUAAACGAGUCCGAAACGGGGGAAGAUUCAGUCUUGACUGAACAAGACAAGAUAGCACCGUUGCAUGACGAUGUAAAUAGCGAGGAGUUAUCAGAGCCCGAUAGUCUAGGAAUCGACGUUCCUAAGAUGCGACGAAACAAGAGCGUGGAACCUGCACCAAGCGGAAAUAAAAAUACGAAAAAGAACAACACGUGCUACUCGAAAUCGAACAAAUCAAGAGUGCAGAGAUUAAUCGUAGAUUCAGUGGGCAUGCUAAUAAAGAAUCUACAAAUCACGGAAAAAACAGAUGACACGGAGCAAUGCCUGAACGAAGCACCAGUGGACACCAUCAGUUGGACUGAUUAUAAAAAAAGCAGCACGGACGAGGGUAUCUUCUCCAGCGGGGACAGCUUGGAAAGCGUGAAGGACGGUCUUUCAAUAAUGGGUUACUCGUGUGAGAAAGAUAACGAGCAAGAUCUACAAGGCGAAAUUAUUUAUCGGAAACGUAAUCUUAAACGACAAGCUGCAGAUCUUGAAAAAUACAGACGAUCCAAACGUGCUUGCUGCGUAUCCGAUCUUGAUGGUAUACAAGAGAAGUGCAGCGAAAAAGGACAAACCUUUACACCGUUACACCGCGUUAUCUAUGUUGAUCAAUCAGAUGUGGAUGUGCAACAAUUUCCUAAUGUACAGUCAAACGCUAAAAAUUCUUAUGGACAAGACACAUCGAGCUCCGACGAUGAAAAUUGUAAAGGAAUCAUAAAGGAAACACAGAAGAAGAAGAAGAGGAAAUCAUUCAAGAAAUACAAGGAGCACAGUUACCCAAAAGAGAUAGAAGAAAAUAAGAACUUAAUAAAGUAUUACAACAAACGAUACUUUCUCUUUAGCAGAUAUAAUGAAGGGAUUCAACUAGAUAGUGAGAGCUGGUUUUCCGUCACUCCAGAGAAGAUUGCACGGCAUAUAGCUGAAGUAUGUUCUUGCAAUACAAUCAUCGAUGCAUUUUGUGGUGCAGGCGGCAACGCCAUUCAGUUUGCAUUUACGUGUAAACGUGUGAUUGCAAUAGACAUCGAUCCCAAUAAAAUUAGAAUGGCUCGACACAACGCAGAGAUAUAUGGUGUGGAAGACAAGAUAGAAUUCAUUAUUGGAGAUUUUUUUGCGCUGGCACCAAGCUUGCGAGGGGACGUUGUAUUCUUAAGUCCUCCGUGGGGUGGGCCAGAUUAUAUCAAACAGAAAGUUUUUAAUCUUGAUACCAUUCUGCCUCCGCAGGGUGGCAAAAUGUUAUUUCAUAUGGCGAGGCAAAUCACAAACAACGUGGCCUAUUAUUUGCCUAGGAACACGGAUAUGCUACAGCUUAUCAGAUUAGUGGAAGAUGUUGGUCAUUUAGAGAUUACGCAGUACAAGCUCGACGGCAAACUCAAAAGUUGUACGCUGUACUGCGGUGACCUGGCUACGUCUCCGUGUAACUCCUGGAGGCAAAAAUCUGAUAAUUGGAAACGGAUAAUUAAUGACAGCAUGGACAGGACUAGUAGAGUCUUCCAUUAAUUGUAAAUAACUGUUUGUAUCAAUUUGCUUAGAUCUGUACUUGAUAAAUUUUAUUAUUAAGUCCGCACCACAUAUAUACAGUGACCAUCACAAUGUUGUAAAAAUCAUCUUGUAAUAUUACAUUUUCUUCUAUUUUUGAGCUGAUACUUAGCUGUAGUAUAUCAUGAAACUUCCAAUAAUUUUGUGUAUUUAAGCAAAUUGAUACGGAGAUCUCAUUUUCAUAUACAUUCUCUCUCAAUUGUUUUUACUUGAUUUUAUUAAAAUCGAUACUUCCAUGCAUUUGUUUUUGAAAACAGUAUUUUAAUUCUAUUAAAAUGUGUAAAUCACAGGCAGUGAUUUACACAUCUUUUACAAGCUCAGUGAUCAGUUUACAUUUUUAAUGUAUAUUUCUGUAAUGUAAUUUUAAUGAUUAAUAAAAAUAUUUGCAGAAAUGA